AUGGAGAAGGUGGACUUUUCAGCCGGGCAUUAUUUAGUGCAGCGGGAGGUUCUGGAUGAGGUACGUCUGGAUGAAGUGGCACAAAAAGGGACGUGGACCACUAAACCAACCCUGAGCGAACGGGUGAAGGAGUCUCUGAGGUGUUCGGUGCCCCGGCUGAAGCACACGGUGCAGAGCUGGGUCCCCGUUCUCAGCUGGCUGCCUCACUACUCCUUCAGAGAGAACGCCAUAGGGGAUCUGAUCUCCGGCUGCAGUGUGGGCAUCAUGCAUCUGCCACAGGGCAUGGCAUAUGCUCUUCUGGCGUCCUUGCGCCCAGUGUACGGCCUUUAUACCUCCCUCUUCCCGGUGCUGGUCUACUUCAUCUUCGGUACUUCCAGGCACAUCUCCGUCGGUACGUUUGCCGUGCUCAGCAUCAUGAUUGGGGGUGUGACGGAGAGGCUGGCGCCAGACGGUGACUUUAUCACAAAUGGCACUAAUGGAACAGGAGAUGUGAACAUUGAUGCAAGGGACGAGUACAGAGUACAGAUCGCUUGUUCCCUCACAAUCCUGGCAGGAAUCUUCCAGGUGCUGUUGGGUGUGGUGAGGUUUGGUUUCGUGGUCAACUACCUCUCUGAGCCACUGGUCCGAGGCUACACCACAGGAUCAGCAUGUCACGUGUGCGUCUCCCAGCUCCACUACCUGUUUGGAGUCUCGCCGGCUCGCUUCACCGGUCCUCUAUCCCUUAUUUAUCUUCUGGUGGACAUUUGCCGACUGCUGCCUGAGACUAAAGUGCCGGAGCUGGUGGUCAGCCUGGUGGCGCUCUCUGUUCUCAUUGUGGUCAAAGAAAUCAAUGCCUGCUACAGGCAGAAGCUGCCUCUGCCCAUCCCGAUAGAACUCAUAGUGGUCAUUGUAGCAACAAUCAUCACCUACUUCUGCGGACUUAGGAGUAAAUACAGCAUCAAUGUGGUUGGAGAGAUUCCCAGUGGGCUCAAGGCCCCUCGUACUCCAGAUGUCACAUUGUUCUCAAAUGUGAUAGGCGAUGCUUUUGCCGUGGCCAUUGUGGGCUAUGCCAUCAAUAUUUCACUCGGCAAAACAUUUGCCCUCAAACAUGGCUACAAGGUGGAUAGCAACCAGGAGCUGGUUGCUUUGGGUCUUAGUAACACUGUAGGCAGCUUUUUUCAGUGCUACUCCGUGACUUCCUCCUUGUCUCGCAGCCUCGUCCAGGAGAGCACAGGGGGCAAGACACAAGUUGCAGGAGUGAUUUCGUCCGUCAUCGUGCUGAUUACGAUUCUCAAAAUAGGUGCUCUCUUUGAAGAUCUUCCCAAGGCUGUCUUAUCCACAAUAGUAUUUGUGAAUUUGAAAGGAAUGUUCAAGCAGUUUAUGGACGUGCCCAUGCUGUGGAAGACCAACAAGGUUGAUCUGCUGGUGUGGCUGGUAACAUUCAUGAGCACCAUCCUGCUCAACCUGGACCUGGGUCUGGCUGUCUCCGUGGGCUUUUCCAUGCUCACUGUCAUCUUCAGAACACAGCUACCCCGCUACUCUAUCCUGGGCCACGUGUCAGGCACUGACUUGUAUCUGGACAUAGACACUUACAAGGAGGCUAAAGAGAUUCCAGGAAUUAAAAUCUUCCGUUCAUCUACAACUAUCUACUACACAAAUGCUGAGGUGUACUUGGAGGCCCUGCAAGAGAAGAGUGGAAUUGAUAUCGGGGAGCUGCUGAUGGCGAAGAAGAAGCGUGAGGCAAAGCUGAAGUGUAAAGAGAAGAAAGAGAAAAAGAAAGCUGAAAAAGAGAAAAAGAAACAAAAAAAAGCUGUUUCUUUGAAGGAGUCAGAGGUGAAUGGGGUGAAUGUCUCUGCAGAACUGAAGGAAGAGAGGUCCUUAAGCCUGACGGAAACCUCUACAAACAGCCUCAGUAAAGGCCAAGUAAACUGGGCUUACCAACAUGACACAACCAUGUCAGACUCAGAUUCAGACACUGGUUACCAUGGUGAUGACAGCAUCACCCAGGUAUCGGACGUGCACAGUGGUAAGGAAAAGGGCCCGGCCUGCGGAUCAGGCACACACAGCAUCGUCUUGGACAUUUCGACAACCAGCUUUGUGGACACGGUCGCCGCGAAGACCUUGAAAAAUAUAUUCAGGGACUUUGGAGAGAUUGGUUUGGACAUCUAUCUAGCAGGCUGCCAAGCCUGUGUCGUGGAGCAGCUGGAAACUGCAGGUUUCUUCUCAGAGUCCAUCCCAAAGAGCAGGCUGUUUGUCACGGUGCAUGAUGCAGUGCUUCAUAUUCUCCACAAACUGGGAUGCACAGACAUUGCGCUUGAUGUGUCCUGCACUACUCAGAUGUGA